GCCUAGUCGCAGAGGCAAAACGGGACAUUUGCUCCAAGAAAUUUCACACCUACUGCAAUCGACUUUUCUAAAUAGGCACAUCUGGAUCGCACGUCGUCCGGCUGAAGCAUGAAACCAAGGAGCACCCCAAAACGCCCCAGCGUUCCUGCACGACAUCCAAACGGCAUUCAGGCGGUUCCGAAUCGGGGCACCUCUGACCUAUUUUUACGGUGGACAUCCUCGUUUUGUCCUGGUCCUGGUGGGCCAUCUCAUUCCGGCACAGGAAAGGACUUUACCCAGACGGAGAUCGAUGCGUCUCAGAGGGGCGACAAAAAUCAGGUUCAGGACAGCAAUAACCAGAAUCGCCACAGAAUGCGCUGCGUAUGCACCCCUAAGCGCGCAUGCAAGCUCCCUCCUCAUUACGGUACCUCGCCUUUUCUGCUUAGACGAUGCGAUGCGAUACAAAGGGGUUCCCCCGUACGUGGCGGCUGGUCCGGGUACUUCCCCGGAAUCAAGAUUUUCAGAUAUCCAACUGUUGCCAAUUUUAGAAUUUAUCGACGGGAUGCAGGGGAGAGCAAGAAGGAUUUGAGUUUUGGUGGUGGAGUUGCAUUUUAUGCGGCAUGGUCGCGGGAAGCGCUGAAUCGGACAGGAAUCUUUAUGCUUUGAUAAACCCUGGCAUUAGGCCUGUGCUGCGCCACACGGACCGAGGCGAGAAUUCGACGAUGCCGGUUGGGAGGGAUCGUCCCGGGAAGGAGACUACUGGUGGACCGCAAUUUCGGGAUGGAAACGGGACGUGGCUAGGGCGUAGGUUUGUGUAACGUUGCGAACGUUGCGAACAAGCAGAGUGGCGAAAGAAGCGAGGGCACCGCACUGUUCAUCAGCAUGACCGUGGAGUGCAGGAUGGGUGCAAAAAUCGCCAGAAAGCAAAAGACCCGACGGACAUGAAAAAG